AAUCCUUGAAAUCAAUCCAUAGCAGAGAUAGAACCGACAUCAGAAAAAGGAAGGGGAGGGAGGCACAGCCUUGAUCCGAAAAGAUGGGAUUUUUUCAGGGGAGGAGCAUGAUCCGCGCGCUCGUGCUGCUGCUGGCGCUCACGUGCUCUGCGGAGGCGUGGACCGGAGAGAUCCAUGGGAGAGUGGUCUGCGAUGUGUGCGGGGAUUCAUCCAUUGGCCCUGAAGAUCACCCUUUACAAGGAGCUGAGGUUGCCGUACUCUGCAUAACGAAGUCUGGCGAGGUUCUCAACUACCAAGCUUUCACAAACUCGAAAGGUGUUUACACAGUAGCAGAGACGAUGCCUGAGAGUGAUCGCUGGGACUCGUGCUUGGCGAGGCCCAUCAGCAGCUUCCACGGGCACUGCACCCGCAGAGGAGAUGCCCAUGCUGGCGUCAAAUUUACAUACACUCGUCCAUCAGGAUACUCUCAUGCUGUUAAGCCAUUUCUCUACAAACCUGCGUAUGCCCCAGCUUACUGCAUGUGAUAUGUAUAUGCGUAUAUGAAAACAUAUAAAUAAAGAAAUGGAUAAAACUGAAAGCACAUGAUGCGUUGUAUAAAUAGUAUUGUAAAAGAUGGUUCAUCUUGAGAAAUACUUGAUGUUGUGCAAACUAAACUUCCAAGUA